UGAAGUAAAUGUCUUUCACUCAGCACUGUAGUGGCACCCAGCUAAUGACAGUUAACAUACAGUUCUCAAAGUUUUUGUUUGCUAUCUUAACCGCUAAAGCUAAACAUCAGCACUGAUACAUCGGUAUAGACGAUAUAUCACCCAGCACUGUCUCUCGUCCUCUUUAUCGCCCUCUUCUCACUGUGUGGUUGUGCGCGUCUGUUUUUUGCAUACACUCCAUGUGCCGUUGCAGCCUCAGACUCCCCGCCCCCCAAAAUGUAAAUUACGUGUGACACGUUUAGCUGCUGUUGCCUAAUAUGGGGUAGUGCAGAGUUUCAGCAGAGCAGUAGGACCCUGCCAGCAGCUCCAGGAUUCCACCAGGGUGUGUGAGAGUGAGUGAGAGAGAGAGAGAGAGAGAGAGAGAGAGGGUGGGAGUGUGUGUGUGUGUGUGUAUGUGUGUGUGUCACUGGGGAGAGAGCGCGCAACAGUAGAAGGAGCUAGAGAGAGAGAGAGAUGUCGACGCAGGGUUUUCACUUCUUCUCUUUGAAUCAAUCGCUCCACUCAACAGAAGCCAUAAUGAAAUGGCUACGCAUGCCUCCAGAUCUCUGCGUUGAGGUGGGUACUGAAGAUAGUGCCCUCUCUUGCUGCAGCUUGGACCCGCUUGUAGUGCCAUUCCCUGCUUUUCCGCCAGCUUGCUGCCCAAAGCCAGGCCAAGAGCACGAGCUUUGACCUUUGACCCCAGACCCUGCGACCCCCUUAGUGACCCUGGUCAAACCCCUCCUGAAUCUCACCCACCACAUCACACCACCAACUUCCACAGAGCUACCGUAACCCCGGGAUCAGCGGGAGUUUUAGCACUUGGAGCUUUCUCUGUGUGUGUAUGUGGAAGGAAGAGAAAAAAAACAGCCCGCAGAAAUCUUGGAGCAAAGUUUUUUGUUUUCGUUUCGGCUGCCCGGGAUUUUUCUAGCGCUUCUGUGCCUCCCUGCCUCGACCCCACACUCUCCGCUGUGGAACAAGAGCACACUCCAUGUGGAUCGCUUGAGCGAGAGAGACCAACAGACACCACAGACAAAUAAGAACGCAAAGUGGGUCCUCCUGACCUUGGAUACGCACACGCACAUUAGCAGUUAGCUUGCUGUGGGCAGCUUUUCACGGUCGCCAUGGCAAUGAGCAUGGCACACAUCCGAGACCCCAAGUGGCUGACGCUGGAGGUGUGUCGCGAGUUCCAGAGAGGGACAUGCUCACGCUCGGACGCGGAAUGCAAAUUCGCCCACCCGGCCAAAAGCUGCCAGGUGGAGAAUGGCCGAGUCAUCGCCUGCUUCGACUCGCUGAAGGGUCGCUGUUCCAGAGAGAACUGCAAGUACCUGCACCCGCCUCCCCACCUGAAGACGCAGUUGGAGAUAAACGGACGCAACAACCUGAUCCAGCAGAAGAACAUGGCCAUGCUCGCCCAGCAGAUGCAGCUAGCCAAUGCCAUCAUGCCUGGCAGCCAGCUUCAGCCAAUGCCUUUAUUCUCCGUCACGCCGAAUCUCGCCACUAACGCCGGUGCAGCAGCAGCAGCAGCCGCAGCUACGUUUAACCCGUACCUGGGGCCCGUGUCUCCAGCACUGAUGCCUGCAGAAAUUCUGCCCAGUGCACCCGUGCUGAUCGGUGGGAGUCCCGGCGUAGCACCCGUUCCCUCCUCUGCUAAUGCUGCUGCUGCUGCUGCCGCCUCCGCCGCUGCCGCACAGAAACUACUGCGCACCGACCGCCUGGAGGUGUGUCGUGAGUACCAGCGUGGUAACUGCUCCCGCGGUGAGACAGACUGCAGGUUCGCCCAUCCAGCAGACAGCACCAUGAUCGACUCGAGUGAUAACACAGUGACCGUGUGUAUGGACUACAUCAAGGGCCGCUGCUCCAGAGACAAGUGCAAAUACUUCCACCCUCCAGCAAACCUGCAGGCUAAGAUCAAAGCAGCACAGCACCAGGUGAACCAGGCCACAGCCACCGCUGCCAUGACGGCUGUCAAAUCACUGAAGCGACCCCUCGAGGCCACCUUUGACCUGGGCAUCCCUCAUAGCGUAAUGCCUCCUUUGCCAAAGAGACCAGCCCUUGAGAAAACCAACGGUGCCACCACCAUGUUCAAUGCUGGCAUGCUGCAGUACCAACAGGCUCUGGCCAACAUGCAGUUUCAGCAGCAGGCAGCAUUUAUUCCUUCAGGCUCAAUAUUGUGCAUGACUCCUGCAGCGAGUGUGGUACCCAUGAUGCACGGCGCUUCACCGGCCGCUGUGUCCGCAGCAACCACGUCCGCCACUAGUGUUCCCUUCGCAUCUGCAUCAGCCAAUCAGGACUCUUCUCUAUCAAAGCUGACUACCAACGAAUACAUGCAAUUGAUUCCAAUAAUAUCUGCAGAGCAUCUGACUAGUCACAAGUACUUGACUCAGAUGUAGUCACAGUCCAGACCAAUCAAAUGAAUGUGCUGACCCAUUACCUGGGACAAACACAAACAACUUAAUGCCAACAAAUGUAAAUGUCAACAUUUCAAACAUUAGAACAGUCGAAUUUAUACUAAUCAAAUAUACCCUCUUGUGGUAUUACUAGUUCACUGAUAAGAACAUUUAAAGGACUAGUCUACAGUACACUUAUCAGCAGAAAAAUGGAGUGCCCUUAGAUGUGAUAUGUAGAACUUGGAAGAACAGCUGUACAUACAACUGGCCGAGACACACAUGUACACAAAAGCAGUCUGCUGGCAUCGUGUCUUAGCAUGUAUAGUGCUGGUACGUUGACAGACCAAGAGAUUCUUUUUUAUUGACUUCUUUUUCAAAUUCAUCUUGAAAUUGAUUCGCCAGUAACACUUUACUUAACGUUAAAAUUAUAGAGCUGGUUUUCCAGAUCCAGAUUGCAUUGGAAUUAGACAAAAACUGGGCUUAGUCCAUGUUCAGGAACCUGGAGUAAAGUAUUAAAAUGUCUUAAAAAGACAGACAGACACAGUAUCUUGUAGUGAAUUAUGUAAUAUGGCCAUUGUAGUGGUUAAAGUCACUAUUAAGUGAUUUACGAAGGUCGGUGUGAAUAGUCUUGCUGGGACAGACGUAGAAUCUUGUUACAAGAUCACAACUUGGGGACAACUUGUUAAAAUUUUGGUGCUGGAUUGCGGCAAAAUCUGCUGUAAACAAGAUCAGGCCCAGAGGUCGAGUUGGAAGGUGGAUGAAACCAACCAAGUCGGUGGGUCCAACGCUCCCUCUAAAACUCGCACCCACAUUCCUCUAAUCUGUGCUCUUUUAAUGUCCUAAGUAUAAUCAAUAACAAAAGCAAAACAAGCUAGCUAGCAAAGCGCUACUGUUAGCUAAUGGAACUGUUUUUCUUUUGAAAGAGGUCAUGUUUAUUUUUUACUGCAUGAAUUUGUUCUCUGCACAUCUACAUGCUUAACUGGAGCUUCUUGGGCGACUUUUCAGCCAUGCUAAGGUCCAAAGGCCUAACUGGCUAACAACAAACUUGUUGAGUGGACAGUGUAGAAGAGCGCACCAUUGCUCUCUAACCUUUGAGCCCCACCUUGAUUAGGUGUUGGUAUGGUUUAGAAAUGUCACACAUGUUUAUACCCUGAUAGGUCCACAGUCUCACCAACAUUAAGCCCAAAAUUUCUCAUAGUUGUCCCCAGACGUUCUUGUUACGAGAUCCCUCGAGACUAGAGUGUGGGUUAACAAUAGGAACAUACAGAAGCAGUGUUUCUUCAAAUGUAAAUGGAAGAAGCAGGUCCAUGUUUGUGCUUGUGUACCUGUAACAGCACAUACAGUUCACCUUCCAGUCUUAAUUAGAGUACCUGUGAAGUUCGCCCAUUACAGCACAUUAGUCUGGAUACCCCCUAGUGUGGUGUACUGCAUUUUAACACAUUAUGCCUAUCGAACCAUAUAUUCAACGCCUAUAUGUCGAUGCCUAUUGAUCUGUGUUUAACUAUAGAUCACCAUUUGUUUUGUAAGUAGUCACAGCGAAAUACUUUUAGCCAAUAUAGGUGUAUUAUAAUUGUUUAUAAGAUGCGUUAAUUGUAACGUCAAGUGAAGCGUUACUGAUUUACCAUAUGGUUUACACAAUUUGGAAAGAUGCACCUUGAAUUUAAAGCGAAUUACAAUUCUACAUGGCACAAUACAUUCAGCAAAACAGUCAAGUAGUUUGCUGCAUUUACAGUUCUGACCUCUAGUCGAGCUAGCUGGUGGACAAAAGAUCAGGAUAAAAGAAGACUAAUGAAUGUUUCGGGUUAAAAAAAAAACAAAACAGAAUCCUUCUGACCUUUUCAAAGCACAUCUUACCAAGCUUCACAUGGGCUACACACCACACAGUCAGAAAGUGUUAUAUCGGCAGUGUUAUUCUAUUUACCAGAGAUUGUUUUUAAGGCUCUUGUUUUUAUACAUAAUUUCAUAACCGUGUGAGGUUUUUUGUUUUGUUUUGUUUUGUUUUGUUUUUAAUGAAUUUUUAUUGUUAUUUGUCUGUAAUGCUUGUGAUGGCUUCUCCAUUCAGCCUUGUAGUUCUUAUUAGGCUUUCAACUUGCAUGAAAACAGGGUUGCCUUUUCCUUCCUGUUGCCAUGUGUAUAUAUAUAUAUAUAUAUAUAUAUAUAUAUAUAUAUAUAUAUAUAUAUAUAUAUUUAUAGCCUCAUCUGAUGGAGUGUCUUUUUAUUGAUGAUGAAAUGGAGAAUGGGUAUCGGUAAUCACCGCAUGUCUUUACAUUUUCAAGUUAACAAACUUGUUCGAAGAGUCUGUCUUGGAGUUUAGAGACUGUUUCCAGUCCCCAGAGCAGGGACUCUAAAAUGCUGAAAAAAGCACUGCUUGAAAUGGUGUGGUUGGUUACAGAUUGAUUGUGUUUAGACUUUAGAUUUGUUUUGUAUAUGGGAAGACCAGAUAUAUAUUUGGUUCAGGUUUUUCUUUGGGGGGGGCAUUUUCUUUUUUGUACUGAUUUUGUGCCAUUUGUGUUUUUAUUUUAUGAUUUCUAAUCUCAGACAGCCUUUAGCCUAUGUACAGCAAAAAAAGAUAAAUAAUGUCAAACAUUAAGUCACUGUUAAGUUGUGCCAAAGUCAUUUUCCUCUUUAUUUUAGUGCACUCUUUAUCUCAGUAGGUUUGGCCAAAGCCAAGCCUGGUUAUCAGACAUACGAAUGAAGUUUCAUUGCUUCAAAUUUCAAAGAUAUGGCUCUUCUGAAGAAAUUCCAGACUCUCAAUUGGUUCUAGACAUAGAACAAUGUUGUAGAGACUAAAUCUUUCUUUUUUUUUUGGUGUACAAAAGGGUUUGGGUUCAGUUCGAUCAAUUUAAUGCACAAAGUGAUUUAAAUUAUUUAAAAAAUUAAUGCUUUAAAAAUGCAUCACUGAAUGUUGUCAAUUGUAAGUUGAAACAGAAUCGACUGAACUGAAAUGGAAUUGACUCCAACUCUGGUGUUCUCGCUGUUCCUUCACUGAGGCCUUAGAUUUCAGUUAAUGUUCUCUCAAAUCGCAAAUGCUCUAGUUCACGUAUAUUUUCUUUUAUUAUUAAUCAUACUACACUUACCGCUCACUUUUACUUCAAAAAAAAAAACGUAGAUAGAAACAUAUUGCUACAUGUUUGCAUGUUUAGUUUGUGGAACUCAUUUAUUUUGUAUUUGAUAAUAUUGUCAUAGAACUGUUUUAGACCGUAAGAUAUGUAUUCUACUAUAUAUUUUUUUUUUCAUUCUCAUUUUUAUUUCAAACAAUUCAUGUUUAGGGACUUUCAGCGAUUUAUGUUGUACAUUUAACUUUUUAUUGAAGAUUGAUGUUAGAAUGUUUGACAUUUCUCCUUUCUGAAUUCUCUGUUUCAAUCUGAUAUUGAUUGUUUUGAUAUUGAUUUUGAGUUGUACUUAUUGAACGGAGGCAGUAUGGCAGUUGUUAAUUUAACAAAUUUCAUUUUGUAUGUAACAAAUCGAGAUCGUUUCAAAAUAUUUAGUUAACAUGUUGAUCAUUUGUGCUAGAGUAAAAAACAAACAAAAAAAAAAAACUUAUUUUCUACUGUAUCCAUUUCAGAGACAUAAAAUCGUAUUUUGAUAUAUUUCAAGCAUCCCUGAAUGUCAGGCCAGAAAAAUGAGCAGCAGCAUAUAUCCAGAGAAUUUUGAAUAUUUACUAAGAUGCUAAGAUGAUGACAUUGUAGGGUUGUGCCUCCGAGGGCAGGGACUUUGGCUGAAAGCGAGAGAGAGAGCCAUAACCCAAGGGACAAAGGUUGACUUUUUGCACUUCUGUACAUAGUCAAUAUAAAACAAAGAAAAGAAACAUGUAUAAUAUGGAGAUCUUAUUUUGAAUAAUAAAAGAUUCUAUGAGAAAUUUUGUUAGGAUAAUUUAAGGAAUAGAGUAAUAGACCAGCUAACAGACUAUGCUUGCAGAAGUGGCACAGCUGUUUUUAUUAUUACUUCAGAUCAUCGCUUAAAAAAAAGGACAGAAAAGGAAAAAAAAAAA